AUGAGAUUAAUAAAAUCAAGCACAAUUUUGAGAUUUGUGAUCAUUAAACAAAUGGAAGAUGUAGAUAAGGCGUAUCAAUAUAAUAAAAGGAAUACUCUAUUCUUAUAUAAUAUAUUUAAUGAGAAUUAAGGACAUUUUGGAUUGUAAAUUACAUUAGUUAUAUUUGACAGCGCUUUGUAUGGUAUUAAAUUUAUACACACGUUAUUCUGUAGGAAGCACAGAGCACAGAUCAAAUCAUUAUUGCUUAUACUAAAGUAAAGAGCUGAAAGAGCAGUCCAGGAUGAUAAAUUAAUUGCAAAGAUAUAAAAGAAACUCUACACUAAAUUGAGAAUUGUCUACAUUUAAUUAUAGGCAUAAAGGUACAAAUACUAACAUUACUAAAUUUUGUUGCUACCAAUUGAGUAUCUUAAUCAUUCAUAUUUCAAUAGGAUGGAUAUUAUGGAUAUGAAUCCCUCUAGGCAUUUAAUUAUUUUUGUUCAAUAAAUUUUGGUAAAUAAAAUGAAAAAAAAGCAACGAUAAGCCAAGGAUUUUUAGAUUAGUUACAUUAUUGAGCUUAAGUUGUGUACGUAAUUUGAACAUCUCAUUUAUGCAGCCUGUGGAUAAUUUUAAUAGCUGCCUCUCUAAUGCAUUCUACUAAAGCCUAAAGCACAAAAAGUAUAAUUUGAGAAAUAUUUAUCUGUAGUCCCAUCUUAAUUAAAACUAAACUUAAAACACUUGA